UGAUACACCCUGGUCGUGCUUCCUACGGUGUCUUUAAUCACUUAUUGCUGUUGUACACAAGCAUGAGGGAUGAGGAGGGAGGUAGAACUGAUGUAUUAAGCAAAGCUGUGUGUGUAAAUGUGUAAAAUUGUACCAUCUUCCCCUUUCUUUUCAGCGGCUCACAAGGAGUUCAGUUUCGAUGUGAUUCUCUCUGGCAUGGUACCAGGCAGUACAGCGCAGCACAGUGUGGAGGUGCUUGCAGAAAUAGCCCGGGUACUGAAGCCAGGGGGCUGUGUCCUCCUGAAAGAACUGGUGGUUACAGAAUCAGGAAACAACAGCAGAAUCAAGACAGCAGCCAAACUCCUCACAGCUCUGACUCUCUCUGGGUUGGUGGAAGUGAAGCUGCAAAAGGAAGCAUUGACCCCGAAGGAGGCUCAAUCGGUCCAAGAGCAUUUGGGUUACCAAGGCAAUGACCUUCUCAUUGUUCAGAUAGAAGGCAGGAAGCCCAAUUUUGAAGUGGGAUCCUUUGCCAAGAAACCUGGUGCUUCAGGAAAACCCUCUGUGGACCCAACCACUGCCAAGCUGUGGACACUCUCUGCCAACGAUAUGAAUGAUGAAGAGAUGGAUCUUUUGGACUCUGAUGAGCUGUUGGAUUCAGAGGAUUUGAAAAAGCCAGAUCCAUCGUCCCUCAGAGCUCUGUCCUGCAAAGAAAUGGGCAAGAAGAAAGCCUGCAAGAACUGCACAUGUGGCCUGGCUGAAGAACUGGAACAGGAGAAGAGCUCACAGCCCAAAUCUGCCUGUGGAAAUUGCUACCUGGGGGAUGCGUUGCACUGUGCCAGCUGCCCUUACCUGGGGAUGCCUGCCUUCAAGCCUGGGGAGAAGAUCCUCCUGAAAGAGAACCACCUGCAUGAUGCCUAACCAAGACAUCUCUGAAUGUCCCAUGAAGGACUCCUCAGCUCUUCGAUCAGUCUGAG